ACCCUCGCCGUACUACUAGAUCCCGCCUUACACCACCACCAUUAUGACAGUAUCAGACAGUUCUGUUCUUGCGAGCGCAUACCUGGAAUCCGCGAUCUACUUCUCCGCUACAGCUCUAUGCUGCUAUGACUAUUGCCUAACGCUCGGCGAUGAAAUACAAUACGUGUGGACAAGAAAACGCCCCCUAUCUCUACUCUUGUUCUGCGGCUUCAGAUAUCCGGCGGUCCUGAACACCAUCUUUGUGAUCCUUGGCUCACGUGCCUGGCCCGGUUGGCAAUCUAACUAUAGCUGCCUGGUUCUCAUCCGAACAGAAAUGGUACUCAAUAUUGUGUUGUUGAUAAGCGCGGCAGUAUUCACGGCGUUGCGAAUUUACGCCAUAUAUGGUUUAAAACUUUCGAUCUUCUUGAUAGUCUUCCUAUUGGGGAUAAUCAAUCCAGCCAUCUACAUGAUUUAUUCUUUAGUCGCAUUGAGGCCAGGCCUCUUUACCGACGGACACAUAGUGUUUUGCGCAAGCUUCAGUAAUUCCGCCGACAGACUUAGCUACAUGAACUGGAUCAUCGGAGCCCGAGUGUCGUCAUUGCUUGCCGAUGGACUUGUCCUCGUGCUAACUUGGUAUAAGCUUUUCCGAGUACGAUCGGAGGCGGCCAAUGCCUGCUCAACGUCCCUCGUCUCUGUUCUCAUUACAGACACUGGCGUGUAUUUUCUGUGAGUCGGUAUGCCAGUCAAGUACUCAGUUGUCUCUCGAACUUGUUGGCACAGGCUCCUCUGCAUUAUCAACAUUAUCGGUAUAGGCACGGGCCAUUAUUUUGACGUGAGUCACUGAGUUUCUGUGAGAG